AUGCACUACACAAAAAACCGCAAAAUGAUUAAAGAGGGUACCUACCGAGGAAAUCGAUUGAACCCCCAUUUUGAUUUUAAUUCCAACAACUCUCAAUUGGUAAUUAAUUUCAAUCCAAUAAAAAAUCCAUCUUCAUCUUCUACAAAAAAUUUCACAUCAAGUAUAAUUUCAAGGUUUCUCAAUAAUACAAGAACGGGAUCUGCUCAUAGACAUGUCGGUAUUACGUUGCAAAGGUUCCUUUCUGGAAUUCUUUUGUCUGUAAUUUUCUUAGCGUUUCAAAUUUUAUUAUUUUUAUUUCUUCGAACAAAACUAAAAUCAAUUUAUCAAGCAAAUAGAGUGCUAAAACUGCACGAGAAAGGACAGGAAGAUGAUUAUGGGAAAGAUGACAGCGGCACCCCUUGGGGAGACAAUACUACGAAAACUGAAAAGAAGACCAAUUGGGCUUCCCAGUUAUUUAUGGCAUCGGAUGAAAUAUAUAAGAAAAAAUGUGGAUUAGACGCAUACUUUUUAUUAAGGUUUUUGAAAUUCUUAAUCUUCUUCUUUUUCAUCCUUUCAUUAGUUCAUAUACCAAUUCUGAUUCCUUUACACCUUUUUUCGAAUGACCAAAAUAUGAUUUAUGAGGAUUACGAUAGAAAAGAUGAUAAACUCGAUCAAUUAAAAUCUCAUCUCCUAGAUAAGUUAAAUAUGUCAAAUAUCAUCCCCCCAGCAGAACCAAAUAUAUUAAUUAUCCAUUUAAUAUUAGGUGUGUUUGUCAUUAGUUGGUUCCACAUAAUGCUAAAUUCAGAAUUGAGCUUCACUACAGGAAUCUCGACACAAGAAAUCUUAAAAGAUAAGUAUCAAACGGUCUUGUAUGUUGAUAAUGUUCCUAAGGAUAUGGGUAAGAUAAUGGAACAUUUUAGCUUGAUAGGUUCCAUCAGAGACGUCCAAUUUUUAUCAAGAGAUACCAAGAAAUAUUACACCAUAUGGAAAAGGAUGUGCAGUAUCCAAGAAAAGAUAGAGACGAUAAUAAUGGAAAUCAUGCUAGAAAAGUUUUUUAAAAGUACCCGUAAACCCAAAGGAUGGAAAAUGUAUAGAUUCUAUUGGAAUAAGUUGAUUUUCUUUUCCAAAACAAGCUAUCGAUUAUUUAAUUUCCGCAUAAGAUUGAAGUGGAAGGAUUCAAGCAAAAUAAUAGCAAGCCAUUAUCCUUCUUGGGAAAUAGAGAAACAAUCUUUUAUUGAAAAUCGGUAUAACAAAUUCCAGGAAGUUUUAGCCAAAUAUAACAAGAUAAGUGAAAAAUGGGAAAAAGAAUAUUAUCAGUUGGAAACGGGUCACCAAAACUUCAUAACUUCUAACAGACAUGCGAAUCCUGAUGCAUACCUUGAGAAGGUAUUCAUACAGUUUGAUACAGUUGAAACAGCUCAUGUUUUCGGUCAGCUACUUUUAUUCCAGCACCACAAAGAAUGGAAUAAUGUAGUUAUCGGACCAAAUCCGAAUGAUAUCAGAUGGUCCAAUAUAACAAGAACGAAUAGUUAUGCCAUAUUUUUAAGAUCAGUAGCUGCUAAUAUCUUAAGUAUUCUGACAAUAAUUGGUUGGAUUAUACCUGUUGGUUUGAUUGGGUUAAUUUCGCAGAUUCCCUACUUGAGAUCGCCUGUAAAAUUACCUUCGGUCAUCAUAAACAACACUGAAUUUAUCAACGAUAUGCUAAUGAGCAUCUUCUCUGUAAUGACAUUGGUAUUCUUAACAGAGGUGGUACCUUACAUCUUCAGAUGGUUCAGCCUUUUAAAGGUUUGUAAAACUGGAGUAGAAAUCCAAAUUGACAUUCAACGAUGGUUCUUCAUAUUCCUCUUUGUUCAUAUCUUCCUUGUGGUCACAAUUUCCUCUGGUCUUUCUUUUAUAAUAGAAAGUUUAGUAAAUAAUCCAGUAAGUAUCCCCUCCUUAUUGGCGCACGAUUUACCAAAGAGUUCUAAUUUUUUAUGCUCGUUUGUAUUAAUGAGAGGUCUCGCAUACGCUGGUGGAAACAUAAUCAGGAUGAAAGAACUACUUUGCGAGUUAUUAUAUUAUAAGCCAUUCAUAUACACGCCUCACAAAAGAUUUGAGAGAUUGAAAACGUCUCUAAGUUUCCAAUGGGGAGCAAUUUACCCUAUAUUUUCUGUAAUUGGAUGUAUUGGAAUAAUUUAUAGCGUUAUUGCUCCAGUUAUACUUCCCAUGUGCUGUGUAUCUUUUUCUUUAGUGUACAUUUCCUUUAAGUACCUAUUUGAGUUCCAAUACAACAAUAAAAAUAAGUCAGAAACAUUUGGUAAGCUAUACCCACAGGCAUUAAUGCAAUUAUACGCUGGAAUUUAUUGUAUGGAAAUAUGCCUGAUGGGACUUUUUGCUAUUUCAAACGGAUAUAAACUAUCAUUUUGUAUGCUCCUAAUCUUUGUUUCAACAAUUAUUAUUCAGUACAAAAUUUCAACAAAACAUCUAAGUCAAUUAAAUCAUUUACCUCUAUAUUAUAUCAAAAAUAGCGCUAAGUUGGAUGUUCGAUCGAGAGAGGUGGAACAUUUAUGUAAUCUAAAGGAUUAUGAAAUCCCCUUAAUAAAUGCUUGUAAAAAAUAUGACGAAAUAUGGAUCUUAAAUGAUGGAAAUGGAAUUGGUGAAAUCGAACAGGAUAAUCUAGAAAGAAAUUAUGAUAUCGUCUGUAAUAGUGAAAGAUAUUUCAUUAAUAGUAGCGGCGAUAUUUACUUAAAUGAUUUAUAG